AAAGGAAGGGGAAAAGAAACCAUCGAAGAAAAAAAAGAAAAAGAAUGAAACAAUUGGCUUUGCUUUAAAAGGUUGCUUUCGUUGCCUAAUUGGCCUCCAUGGUCAUAUGUGACGUUGACAAUUAUCUGUUAUAGAAGUAUUGGUGCAUGAAUAGACUCUGUAAUGGAAAGAAUGUAUUCAUGCUAAAGAUGAUUCUGAGUCCUUCAAUGCUGUUAAGCAUCUGAAUUUAGAUAUCCAAAAGGUAUAAAUCAAGGGAACAAUUUGUUUUUGUAUUAGUAGUGGGAUUGUCAUUCAACACCAACUCAUUCCCAAGUAGCCCCCUCUGAGCCUCAGCCAUAAGCACUACUCAGCCAUUGGCCUUUUCAGAAUUUCCCUUUGCAAUUUCAAUUCCCGACUUUUUCUUUUUUACUCCUUUUUUUAUGAAUGCUUUGUGGGUCCCAAACACUAAUCCAUCAGCAGUUUCAGAUAAUCUUUCCAUGAUGUCUCUUAUCAACUCUUCCAUUUUGUAUUUCUUAAUGAGUCAGUCUGAACCUGGACAAACAUGGCUACUUCAGUAAAUAAAAAGGUUGCGUAUCUCACAAAGACAAGCAUAAAAAAGAAACACAGAUCUGCAACUACUCUUAGUACUCUUUUCAUAAGGCAGUUGAUUAAGUAGGGAAAGUUCAACAUGCUGCUUAAGCCACGAAUUCAGCUCAGAAAGGGAAAAGAAUUGGCUUAGAUGAGGAACAGAUGAUGUUUGUGGUCAGCAUAAUCUGAAAGAGACUGAGGAUACUUGUCACAGUAAUCCAUAUAUGUUGGCACGGGCAACGGUACUCAGGGUCAUGGUCUAGUCUUUCUUGUAAAUGAAAUCAUUUGUACAUGGAUUAUGUUAUUCACUUUAGCUUUGAUGGAAAUUAUGUAUUGAUUGUCGAAAGACGCUGUCCUUUUUCAGGUGUAGACAUUCAUAUAUCCCUUGUUCCUAAGGUCCAAGCAAUAUUUGAAAUUUGUGAACAUCUCAGAGUACAGAUUCCUAUUAUAAGUUCUAGUGAUCUGGACAAUCUGAGAAUGUGAACUCCUAUAAUCUUGACUCAAUUAAUUAUCAAGCACCUGAAUGACUGUUGUUGAGUUAUGAAUAUAUCUCAUUUAAUUCAGAGAUGGCUUAAAUGUGUAUUUUAAUUGACAUCAGUGGAAAAAUAAUGAACAUUGCUGUUGUGUGAAAUACUAGAUAAGCAUGAUGCAAAUAGUUACUUCAGUAAUAGUUUGCAAAAGAGGUGUAAGCAUGAGCAAAGUUCUAUGAUGAGCAUCAGUGUUUUUUGUUCUUUUUUUUUUCUUGACAGACUUUUUACAUUUUAUUGAUCCAUGUUGAAACAUUCUGUUUGAAUCUUCCUUUACUACAGAAUCUCCUAAACGAGGUAAAGGAUCAGCCAAUGCGCCCUCCUUGGAAGUUAGAACGGGUCACAUGAGUAGGGCCUUUUUCCUUUGGUAUUCACAUUUGGAGCUACUGGCCGGUUUCAUAUUCCUCCUACUUUUCUCCAGUGGCACUUACUCAACAAAUAAGCCUGAUGUUGAAGGUGAAGCUUUAAUGGAAUUCCUAACAGCUUUGAAUGAUUCCAAUAACAGAGUUGAUUGGGAUUUCCAUUUUGUGAGCCCUUGUUUCAGUUGGUUUAAUGUUACAUGUUUAAAUGGGAAUGUCGUGGCUCUGAGCCUAGCUUCUAAAGGAUUUUCAGGAACUGUCUCGCCAUCCAUAACCAAACUAAAAUCCUUGGUUACAUUGGAUCUGCAUGAUAAUAACUUGUCUGGUGAUUUGCCCGGUUGUCUUAGCGCCAUGGAGAAUCUGCAAAAUCUGAAUCUUGGACAAAAUAAAUUUAUUGGUCCUAUACCAACCACUUGGGGCCAAUUUUCAAACCUUAAACAUCUGAUACUGAAGGAAAACCGCUUAAGUGGACCCAUUCCAGAGUCACUUGUUAAUGUCGCUAGCUUGAUGCAAUUGGAUCUCUCAUCCAAUGACCUAACUGGAAGAAUUCCAACUAAGUUGUUUUCAUUGCCCACAUUCAAUUUCACAGGCACACAUCUUAGUUGUGGCACAGCUUUCCAGCAACCUUGUGUUUCAAGUUCUUCUGUUCCAGUUUCUGGCAAGAAAAAGAGGGUCCAAGUUGUAAUAACUGGUGUUACCUGUGGUUUAUUCGUUCUUCUAUUGCUGGGGGGUGCUUUUCUACACCAGUUUCAUAAAGUACGGAAGUUCAAACAUGAUGUAUUUGUCGAUGUUGAAGGUGAAGAUGAAUGCAAGAUUUCGUUUGGACAACUGAGAAGGUUUUCUUGGCGCGAAAUCCAGCUUGCAACAGACAAUUUCAGUGAGAGCAGUGUUAUUGGACAAGGAGGUUUUGGAAAAGUUUAUAAAGGCAUGCUUUCAGAUAACACAAAGGUUGCUGUGAAACGCCUAACAGACUAUCACAGUCCUGGUGGAGAGGCCGCAUUUCUUAGGGAAGUUCAAUUGAUAAGUGUGGCAGUUCACAAAAAUCUACUCCGGUUAAUUGGAUUUUGUACCACCUCUUCUGAGAGAAUCCUGGUUUAUCCUUUCAUGCAGAACCUCAGUGUGGCAUAUCGCUUAAGAGACCUCAAACCUGGAGAGAAGGGAUUAGACUGGCCUACUAGAAAAAGAAUAGCUUCUGGUACAGCACAUGGCCUGGAGUACCUGCAUGAGCAUUGCAAUCCGAAAAUCAUUCACCGGGAUUUAAAGGCUGCGAAUAUCCUCCUGGAUGAUGACUUUUACUGUUAUGUUCCUGUUAUAUUCUUGUUUGUAAUUCAUGAUAUGACAAUUAUAUACGGGUAGAGUGUGAAUAGAGAAAAUGAGAAAUAGGCCAACUCCUUGAUUUAUUCUUUCUCAACACCUUUUGAUAAAUCUUACGCCCCUAGUUUGUGGGAGAUCUUGCAAUGUUUUUUUAGCAAAUGCCGUAAUGAAAGGGGUGAAUUAGAGUUGCUGAUGCCCAAGUGCUUCUUAUACGAAUUCAUGGGCAUAAACUUCAACAGGUUAGGAGGGGUGCAAUUGAGGUUGCUUUUUGGUUAGGUCAGUUUAUAAGAGAGGCAGUAGAUAAUAUUGAGUGGAUUGGAGAAAUUCCUCCCUGUUUACAAUCCGUAAGGGAUUUGGCUAGAUUGAAAUAAUGAGAACCAGAAUUAUUCUAUCAAAAAGAAAGCGUUGGAACAUUUAUAAUUCGCCUGUUUGAUCAAUUUAUUUAACAUUAUUCGUCUAAGUUUUUCUUACUUUGACAGAGGCAAUGUUCAAGGUUUUCUUGAAAGGCAACUCAAUUCAGUGUGUGCUGCUCUGUGUGUGUGUGUGUGUGUGUGUGUUUUUUUUUUUUCCCUUUUCCAUUGGAUUUUAUUUCGUCCAGUAGCCUUAACUUGUGACGUGUGUUUCUACCUGUUGUAUUCCAGGUUUGAGGUUUUUUCCCUUAUUCCUGUGUUCUGCCUUAUAUUUAUUGGGUCAGUAGCCUUAACUUGUAAAUUCAAUAUGGUUAAUUGGAUUUAAUUCCUCAAAGUGGAAGUCAGCCAAGAGUAUUAUAGCUUUGUACUACUCGGGAUUUGUACUAAUUUAACAUCCAACAGAAUUCUGAAGCCAUAAGAAUGCCCUUGCCUUGGCUGACUUCAAGUAAUCAAGAAUCGUCAUUAAUCCCCUAGACGGAACAGGUUAAUGGAAGAACUGUCAUUAGAAAGAACAGGAUAGACUAGUACGGAUAGAAAGCUUAAAAAUCAUUUUGUGCAGUGUGCAAGUAGAUCUUAUACUGAGGAGCUGAAACGUGGAAUCUGAGUUGCUUCUGGAUUUCCUACUGUGUUUUUUCUAAUCUCAGUGUUAACUUUCUUCCUCUCAGCUUUUAGUUCUCCAAAAGGAUCACCUUACACAUCCUUGCAAUUGACAUCUUUUGUGGCACUAAGUCUAGAUUGUACCAAAUGCUGUACCAUGUAAUAGUUUGUAUCUCUAGCAACAACCGAGUCCAGAAGACCUCGAUCUUGUACUUUUCAAGAAUAAACAUCUUGUGCAAACAAAAUAGCACGCCUGGCUUUUUACUCACUGUUGGAAAGCUUUGUCAGGCACCACCUUUGAGUCACCAACUUGUCAAUUACAAAAUGCGUUACAAAGAGAUUAGAAAGUUUUAUAAGCAGACACAUAGAUGAAAGUAUUUAGACCUGUAAGGUUGUUAAGGAACUAUCCAUGUAUCUGUUCCAAACACAAAUGGUCUCAGUUGCAGUGCUGAGCAACUCUCCUUGCUAUUUUGAUGAAAUAUGUGCUCAAACUGGUCAAGAAGUUAGUGUUCAGUUGGAUUUCAUCCCUGCAUGCUACUAGCUAUUUUGCUUCU